UCAGGCAACAGUAAGAAGAGAACUCAGUCAAGGCGGGGACGACGUUCACAGAGAGAUGCUGCCCUAUGAACGCUAAACAAGAACGUUCAUAUUGGAGAGAAAAAACGUACAAUAAUAAUAACGUCCAUACAGUUAUGGAUAACAAUGACUCUUAUCUACAUCUAAGUUCUUCUGUGCAGGUCUCGCACCUGAGCUCCACCCCAUCUCAGUCCCUCAGCACCAUGGUGGGGCCCCCUCACCACCACCCCUAUCACCACCACCAUCAUCAUCAUCACCACCCCUCCGUCAUCAGUGCCUCUGUCAACCCCGGGCAGCCCCUCCCGUCUCCCAUGAGCACCCUGGGCUCGCCAUACAACGGGCAGGGCAGCUCGCCGUACUCAGUCAUCACCUCGUCAUCUCUGGGCUCCCCAAGUGUCUCCAUCCCCCCUACUUCCACCAUGGGCUUCAGCACACAGAUUAACUCUCUGAACAAUGUGAGCAGCAGUGAGGACAUCAAGCCUCCUCCAGGCCUAGCUGGACUGGGUCACAUGAACAGCUACGGCUGCAUGAGCCCAGGGUCCAUGUCCAAGCACAUCUGUGCCAUCUGUGGGGACCGAUCCUCAGGGAAACACUACGGUGUGUACAGCUGUGAAGGCUGCAAGGGCUUCUUCAAGAGAACCAUCAGGAAGGACCUCAGCUACACGUGUCGAGACAGCAAGCAGUGCCUGAUCGACAAGCGCCAGCGCAACCGCUGCCAGUACUGCCGCUAUCAGAAGUGUCUGGCUAUGGGCAUGAAGAGAGAAGCGGUGCAGGAGGAGCGUCAGCGGGGCCGGGAGAAGAGUGAUAAUGAGGUGGAGUCUACCAGUAGUUUUAACGAGGAUAUGCCUGUUGAGAAGAUACUGGAUGCGGAGCUGGCUAUCGAACCCAAGACUGAAGCCUGUAUGGAGGCGAGCGCAGGCAACUCUAAGAACGACCCGGUCACCAACAUCUGCCAGGCAGCAGACAAGCAGCUGUUCACCCUGGUGGAGUGGGCUAAGAGGAUCCCCCACUUCUCUGAGCUGCCCCUGGACGACCAGGUCAUCUUAUUACGAGCAGGUUGGAAUGAGCUGCUCAUUGCCUCGUUCUCCCACCGCUCUGUGACAGUGAAGGAUGGUAUUCUAUUGGCCACGGGGCUCCACGUACACCGCAGCAGCGCCCACAGUGCCGGGGUGGGCUCCAUCUUUGAUAGGGUGCUGACGGAGCUGGUGUCUAAGAUGAAAGACAUGCAGAUGGACAAGACUGAGCUGGGCUGCCUCCGAGCCAUUGUUCUCUUCAACCCAGAUGCCAAGGGCCUGUCUAAUCCUACAGAGGUGGAGGCCCUGAGAGAGAAGGUGUACGCCUCACUGGAGUCCUACACGAAACACAGAUAUCCGCAGCAGCCUGGCAGAUUUGCCAAGCUGUUGCUGCGUCUGCCUGCACUACGCUCCAUCGGCCUCAAGUGUCUGGAGCACCUCUUCUUCUUCAAGCUGAUAGGAGAUACGCCCAUAGAUACUUUCCUCAUGGAAAUGCUCGAAGCGCCGCACCAGAUCACAUGACACAAGUCUUACCCAUUGUAAAUACCCCCUAAACCCAAUUCCCAGAUCCCGUACCCCGGAGUACAACUGCUAUGAAGUCAAACUUGAGAGUUCUUCACUUGCAUAUUUUGUACCGAGCACAAUUAAUAAUGUGAAAACAAAAAGUUUCUAUUGGUAUUUUAAGAAAUGCAACACUGUCAAAGGUGAAUUUUAAAAAGGAUUUGUUUUUGUAAAAAGAAGAGUAUUAAUUAUCAGAUCUAGCAACAAAUGAAUGCAACAUGAAGUCUUAUUUUAUUCAAUGAUGAACGGUAUGAAAUACAAUGUCACCAGGAUAGAAUAUCUGUGCAAAUAAAAAGACAACUUUUAACAUAAUAAA